AUGUCUCCCCCCACCCUCAGCGGCACCCAGCACCUCGAGACCUCCGGCCCGGGUACCACAACCAUGACGAAAGACGGCGCUGUCGUGACCUCCACAGACCCCAGCACAGCUCCAGAUGCCUCCAUCGCGCAGAAGCUCAAGGGCGAUGUGAGCGGCGCCGUCAGCGGCAGUGUGGGAAGUGUGCAAGCGGCGGCGGGCGCGACGCUGCGCAACAAGAACAUGCAAGAGAAGGGCCUGGACAAGAUGGCGGCUGAGGACGAGCGACUUGCGGCCAAGAAGGGCUCCCUGCCUGUGGGCGCUGACAAGCGGCUGGAGAAGACGGAGGGUGGUGCUUUGCCGUAA